CUGCAAUAAAAUUUCCAUGUUCAUUUCAAUUAGUGUUUAAUACAUACACCGAUACCUAUACCGAUAGACAUUAAGCAUGCAAGGGUCCAAGUCAAAUGAAAAAAAAACAUUGUUCUAAAAAUAACUUACAACCCAUCUCACGUAAACCACCCCAAUUCAUCCCUCAUUCGAAAAUCUCGUUCAAUACGUGCGAAGUCUGCAUCUCUCUAUUGCUCUCAUACAGAGCUAAUAUUCCCUCUCUCUUUGAAUUGGCGCACGGCAGUCUCGCGGUCCGUGUUGGCGGGCUUAGUCGCCCCAUUUUAAAAAGGCGGGAAAAAUCAGUGUAGUGUCUAAAAAAAUUAUAUCAUAGUAAAUUGAAGAAAAUCGAUUGAUAACCACGAAAAUGUCACCCAAAGCGAAAUCCGGUGAGGAAGAGUGCGAUACAGAUGCUCUUAAAUCUGACAAUGAGCAAGAUGACAAGGGCGGUGCGUUGGAAGCGAAGAUGUCCUUGCUAAAUGGCAUCACAGUGAUCGUUGGUUCGAUUAUUGGGAGUGGUAUCUUUGUGUCACCAUCUGGUGUCUUGAGAUAUACGGGAUCUGUGAAUGCUAGUUUGCUAGUGUGGAUCAUAUCUGGAGUUUUUAGUAUGGUAGGCGCCUACUGCUACGCUGAACUCGGCACCAUGAUUCGUCUCAGCGGCGCUGACUACGCAUAUAUCAUGGAGACGUUUGGUCCAUUCGCAGCUUUCAUCCGGCUUUGGAUUGAGUGUAUGAUCGUGCGACCGUGUUCUCAGGCAAUAGUAGCGCUGACUUUCAGUGUGUAUGUACUGAAGCCGAUAUUCCCGGAAUGCGACCCGCCACAAGAGGCCACGAGGCUGCUCGCUGCUUGCUGUAUAUUACUUCUAACGUUCGUCAACUGCUGGUCAGUACGAGCGGCGACGCGCGUACAAGACUGGUUCACUUACGCUAAACUCCUGGCUUUGUUCAUCAUUAUUGCCGCGGGGAUAUAUCAACUUUGUUUGGGACACACGGAAAACUUCUCGUUCGAAGGAACUACAGACGAUGUGACGUCCAUCGCUUUGUCCUUCUACUCCGGUCUUUUCGCGUAUAACGGAUGGAACUACCUAAACUUCAUAAUCGAAGAACUAAAGGACCCAGUUCGCAAUUUGCCCCGCGCCAUCGCUAUUUCUUGUACAUUAGUUACAAUAGUGUAUACUUUCACUAAUGUGGCGUUUUAUACUACACUGUCGCCGACUGAGGUAUUAAACUCAGCGGCAGUAGCAGUGACAUUCGCUGAACGACUGUUCGGUUGGUUUGCACUCGCGAUACCAAUGUUCGUGGCUGCGUCCACUUUUGGCGCUGUUAAUGGAGUGCUGCUUACGUCUUCCAGAUUAUUCUACGCGGGCGCUGCGCAAGGCCAAAUGCCGGGCAUGCUCACGAUGGUGUCGUCCCGCGCCACGCCCGCGCCCGCCGUGCUCGCCGUCGCGCUGCUCUCGCUGCUCUACCUCACCGUGUCCGAUAUACAGGCGCUCAUCAACUACGUGGGCUUCGCGACUUGGCUAAGUAUCGGAGCAGCUGUAUUAUGCCUACCAGUGCUACGCUACACUCAACCAAAUUUGGAGCGGCCCAUCAAAGUGAAUUUGUUCUUCCCAGUAUUAUACAUAAUAUGCACAAUACUGGUGGUAGCCGUACCCGCGGUCGCGUCUCCCGCUGAGACCGGCGUCGGUUGUCUGAUGAUACUCACCGCUGUACCCGUGUACUUGCUGUUGUUGGAGCCACGCACGAGGCUCAAUGGACUGGGGUAUCUCACUGAGGCCGCCACUUGCUUAAUGCAAAAAUUGACUCUCUCAGUACGACCAAAGAUGAAGUAAACGACCAAAGCUGACAUAUCCGGACAUUGCACACAUCUCAAUAUUUA